GGUUCCUCCCCUCACCUCUCAUUCUUCAUCCAAAACCUUUCCUCCCCUCUCUCGACUCCCAAAAACCCUAGAAAAUCCCCCCAAAACCCUAGAAAUGCUCCUCCGAAUCCCAACCUCUCCUCUCGUCAACCCCCUCAAUUUCGCAACCUCCAAGUCCUCCUACUCUCAAAUCCCAAUCUCCUUUCGCUCCCCCGCUCCAAUCCUCAAAUCCGAAUCGAUCCGAUUCGGUCCAGUUCGAUGCUCGAUCUCUCAGGUCCACAGCUAUGGGACUGUGGACUACGAGAAGCGGCCGGCGAUAAAGUGGAGCGCUUUGUAUCGGAGGAUAUCGACGAUGGAGAACCCUAGCCUUGGGUCUGGGGCUGUGCUGGAUCAGUGCGAGGAGGAGGAGGAGAAGAGGCUGUCGAAGUGGCUGCUUUGUCGGGUUGCUAAGAAGGAGCUGAGGAAGUUUCGCCGGUUCAAGCACGCUCUUGAGAUUUAUGAGUGGAUGACUGCCCAAGGAGAUCGUUUUACCUUUACGUCCAGUGACAUGGCAAUCCAGUUGGAUCUUAUCUCCAAAGUGCAUGACAUCUCGUAUGCAGAAAAUUAUUUCUAUUCACUUUCAGAUGAACUAAAAGACAAACGCACAUAUGGUGCACUUCUAAAUGCGUAUGGCCAAGCAAAGAUGAAAGAAAAAGCAGAGAACAUUCUUGAGACAAUGAAAGCGCAAGGUUAUGUAACAGAUGCACUCCCUUACAAUGUGAUGAUGACAUUAUAUAUGAAUCUUGAAGAACAUGAGAAAGUUAAUACAAUCAUUAACGAGAUGAAGGAGAAGAAUAUCCAAUUUGACUUAUACUCCUAUAAUAUCUGGAUCACAAAUUGCGCAGCCAUGGAAGAGAUAGAGGAGAUGGAAAGAGUAAUGGAAAGAAUGAUUUCUGAUAGCAACAUUAAUCCAAAUUGGACCACUUAUAGUACACUUGCUACAAUGUAUAUUAAAGCUGGUCAAUUUGAAAAGGCUGAAAAUUGCUUAAAGGAGCUGGAGCUUAGGGUUACGGGUAGAGAUCGAACACCCUUCAAUUAUCUUCUUGGAUAUUAUAGCAGCCUAGGAAAAAAACAAGAAGUAUAUCGAGUAUGGGAUUGGUACAAGUCGAGUUUUCCUAAUAUGCUGAAUAUGGGUUAUCAAGCAAUGCUUGCUUCUUUGGUUAGAAUCAAUGAUAUUGAUAAAGCCGAAGAUAUUUACGAAGAGUGGCUUUCAACUACAUCGAAUGCUGAUCCUAGGAUAUGCAACAUUCUUAUGGGUUGGUAUUCGAGACAAGGGCUUGUUUAUAAGGCCAAGGCACUUCUUGAUCGCUUGGUAGAAAAAGGUGGCAAGCCAAAACCAAUCACAUGGGAGAUACUAGCAGAAGGAUAUGUGAAGGAUAAAGAAAUCUCCAAGGCUUUGUCGUGUAUGAAAAAUGCUGCGUCAUAUAAUGGUGCAAGUAAUUGGAGGCCAAAGCCUGGAAAUGUAGCAAAUAUUGUAGCACUUUGUAAGGAGAUGGAGAAGAUGGAGGAUGUUGAUAUGUUAAUCGAUGUGUUGAGAGAUCGAGGAUGUUUGGAUGACGAAGAAUAUAAAUCACUGAUUAGCCUAUGAAGGAUGAGGAGUUUUAGGAUGAGGAAUAUGAGCAUGCGUCCCAAUUUCUACAUGGAGAUUUUCCUUGUUAAUGGGAUUGGCUUUGGGGCGAGAAUUGCAUUUGGGUUUCAGAAUGGCUGGAGUUAUGUACUCAGAAGUACUUGGAAUUUUGUGAGCUAAGAAAGUGAGUAUAUACUCAUGAAACUUGAGGGUUAACAUGUCCUGCAACUUAUUGGAGGCUUUGCUAGGGAGACUGCAAGGAUCUGAUACUUUGUUGACUUGUAGUUAUAUUCUAAAGAUAUCGGCAAACUCAGAUUUGGUUGGGCUACCAAUUUCUACCGGCCAUUGGUUGUGUAUCUUAUCUCUGUUCUUUUUUCUUUUUUUAGAGAUCUCAGAACAAAUUUCACAAGGAAAAUGGAAAGUUACUGCUAUUUUCUUUCCAUAGAUGCAUAUUUUUUUUGCCAAAUUGUGGAACUUACUGUCUUGUUUUCUACGUUCAAAUAUGUGGUACGGGGUCUCUUGAUGAAAUUUUUUGCUAGGUGAUAGGAUUGAGGUUGGCAUUUUUAAUUUUA